UGGGGGUUGGGGUGGAGGAGCUCCGCCGGCCGAGGAGCAGAGCGAUGCAGAGGUCCUACGUGGCCGCCGGCUCCGGGGUCCCCGCUCGCGCGCAGCCCCUGCCACCCUGAGCCUGGGGACCCGAGAGGCCCCCACCUACCUGAGCGCCAGGAGCCUCUCGCCCAGGAGCGCCAGCGCUAUCCCCAGCAAGCUCAGAGCCAGCAACCGUCCCAUGGCGCGGAAGCCGCGCCGCCUAGCUCGGCCGGGCCCGGGAGCACUGUGGGCGGUGCCCGCGGUCCGGCUCUUGCGUGCGGGCCGCGCUCCGCCCCGAGGUCGGCGAGCCCGGUUCCUGCUCACAGGCCGCGGCGGCUCCGCCCUCGGCGCGGCCCUUGGCUUUUGUCACCGCAAACCUGCCUCUUGAGACACCUUCCCGGCAGUGGGAACCGUCCUAUCCCGCCCCUGGUUAGGCCAAGGGCGUGACACUUUGAAUUCCUUCACCUCCCUUCACUAACAGACAACCCCUCGGGAAUCUCAAGCAGGCUGCAGGCCUUUCUCAGUUCUCGAUUAAUCUUCGAAGACAUUCCUUCCGUCCUAGUCCGGAGGAGUGGCCCAGUAAAAUGAAUGAGUUUUUAAAAUUCUGGAUAAGAACAAAAAAGAGGAAGUGGAACCUGUGUUAAAUCAUCCUAAUGUUCUUGUAUGUGUGGGAAGAGAGCAGAGAUACUGGAUAACUUUAAACUUUCUUAAGAACUGUGGAAUUUUUGAUCUGGAAAGGCCCUGGAUACGAACUUUUACUUUACAGAUGAGGAAACUGAAGACCCGAGGAGGUGAAAAGACUUGUUUAAGAGAGUACACAGAUUUGCUCAAGAUUCCCUGUCUACCCCUGCACCGCCAGGAGGACAGUAAAGCCUUGCAGAGGCUGCAUCAGCAGCUACUUUCUCAUUUCUUGUUUGCUGUGUGGACAGACAUUGCAGCUGUGGUGACUGACGGUUAUUGGUUGCCUAGUUACAAAUUAAAGUCUUCCUGGGCCACGGGCCUGCAUCUCUCUGUCUUGUUUGGUCACGUGGAAUGUCUUCUGGUGCUAUUGGACCACAAUGCUACAAUCAACUGUAGACCUAAUGGGAAAACCCCUCUUCAUGUGGCUUGUGAAAUGGCCAACUUGGAUUGUGUUAAGAUUCUCUGUGACCGUGGAGCAAAGCUCAAUUGCUACUCCUUAAGUGGACACACAGCUUUACACUUCUGUACAACUCCAAGCUCCAUCCUCUGUGCCAAGCAAUUGGUUUGGAGAGGGGCGAACGUGAACAUGAAGACCAACAACCAGGAUGAGGAGACGCCUUUGCACACGGCUGCCCACUUCGGCCUCCCGGAGCUGGUGGCCUUCUACGUGGAGCACGGGGCCAUAGUGGACAGUGUGAACGCCCACAUGGAGACCCCACUGGCUAUCGCAACCUACUGGGCCCUCCGCUUUAAAGAGCAGGAGUUCAGCAGGGAGCAUCACCUCAUCUGCCGCAUGCUGUUGGACUACAAAGCCGAGGUCAACGCCCGGGAUGACGACUUUAAAACUCCGCUCCACAAGGCAGCCUGGAACUGUGACCACGUGCUCAUGCACAUGAUGCUGGAAGCUGGCGCAGAAGCCAAUCUCAUGGAUAUCAAUGGCUGUGCUGCCAUCCAGUAUGUGCUGAAAGUCACCUCCGUGCGACCUGCCGCCCAGCCUGAGAUCUGCUACCAGCUGCUGUUGAACCAUGGGGCGGCUCGAAUAUACCCUCCACAAUUCCACAAGGUGAUACAGGCUUGCCAUUCUUGCCCCAAAGCAAUCGAAGUUGUCGUCAAUGCCUAUGAACAUAUCAGGUGGAACGUAAAGUGGAAAAGAGCUAUCCCUGAUGAUGACUUGGAGAGAUACUGGGAUUUUUACCACUCUCUCUUCACUGUGUGCAGUAACUCUCCAAGGACUCUCAUGCAUUUAUCAAGAUGUGCCAUUCGAAGAACGUUGCACAGCAGAUGUCACAGAGUAAUUCCUUUGCUUUCCCUCCCAUUGUCAUUGAAAAAGUACUUGCUUUUAGAGCCAGAGGGAAUCAUUUAUUAAGCCUUAUGAGACAGAAGAUCCCAAUCCUAGAUGUUUAAGUGGACUCGCUGAGUAGUUUGCAUAAAUAAAAUGGUACUUGGGUUGAUUAUAACACUUCAGGGAUUUAAAAACACUUUACAAACACUAUGUCAUUAAUCCUAGAGUAUCACGGUGAGGGGAAAUAAACAAGAGGUAAAGUUAAGGUAGUCUCAAAAACAAGAGCGUAUCCAGAAGGCCCUGACAUAACAAUAAUAAUAUGUAUAGUGCUCUUACUUGGUGCCUGCUAUAAUUUUAUAUAAUUUUAUAUAAUUUUAUAAGAUUUUUCAUAUGUUAUCUCAUUUGAAAUGGGACCCAGGUUUUCUUACAACCAAUUUCAUCCUCUCCCUUAUCAGUAAUAAGUUUACAUUACCGUUCAGUUGGCAAAAUGUUAGGCUUUAGGAUGGGCCUCUUAAUCUUGGUGUCCUCCACCCACUCCCACUUAGCAGAAAUUACUAUGGCUAGUUUUGCAAACUCCUUUCCAUAUACUAAGCUCCUCAACUUACUUUUAGUGAAGAAAGCACGAGCAUACUCAAAACAAAGAAAUCUUUGAGUCAAAUUAGAAAUGAAAAACAAAGAUCAGUCCACUUGAAAGUCAAAAUGGACAUUUGAACACUCUCAUUGAACCAAAGACUGGAGAUGCAAAGAUGAGUCCGAAGCGAGGACUCCUGCCCUCCAGGAUCUCACCAUUGAGCAGAGGAUCCGGACAUAUAAGCAGGGAACUGCAGUGUCAAAUGUCAGAGGCAAGAGUAGAGGUGCAGAUUCAUUCUUAAUGCUUGCCUUUCAAAGUCAUGUUUCUGACAUGAAGUGCGGUUUUCUUUGAAGCAUGAUGAUAAAGAGUGAAGGGAUUGUGUGUAGUAGAGAGAUCUCCGGCUGCUAUGAGUGUAAAUGUAAAUGGAUUCACUUUAAGUUUCCAGGCACAUGUACUUAUUUUUAUUUUAGGAUGAUUUCAUGCAUAGUGCUUUCCCAGACUCCCUGGGGGAAAUAUUGCACACUCAGUGGCUCCCAUGUGUGUGUGACAAGGAAGUUUAGGAAAAUGUGUGCAAGGAAACGUGCGAAGGGAAAGACUUAGGUUGAUUACUUUGGUCUUUUUAUGUAACAGACUGACAUUUCAGAGCAUUUUAGCUAGAAGAUAAGGGGCACUUUGCUGGCGAUGGCCAGCUGCAGAAAGCACAUGGAAAGACUUUGAAAAUGGUAAAAGUUUGAGAAACUUGGAAAGACUAGUGUGUUAAUCAGGUUUGUUAGCAGUUUGCAGAAAGAGAAACGUAGAUGAUUAACCUCUGGACCUCAUGGUUUAUGAGGCCAACUUCGCUUCACUUUUUGUUCUUGCUAAUCACUUUUAGAUAAGCUCAUUGACUCUUAGCAUUGCCUUUUAGAGGUUACAGCAGAAGUAAUUAAGCACAAACAAAUCUAUUUGCCAGUUAUGAGCAGGGUUUUUUUUUUGGUUGUUGUUGUUGUUGUUUUUGUGGUGGUUGUUGUUUUUUUGUGGUUCUCCAUCUUGUUUAACCUUAGAUGCUUGAGUUUGCAGUAGAGAUGAUGUCAAAUAUUCCACUAGCCUGACACCUAGACUCUGCUUCGCAUACUGGGAUUUGCAUAUUCCUGGUGCCAUGUAGGAAAAAUCAUAAGUGGAAACAAUAAUCUUUCUGAAGUAUCAGUUCUACUCAGAUAUUUUGGGAGAAAUAUUUUAUACUAAAAUAAGAUCUGUAUUAUGGAAUAGAAUACUGUAUUUGUAUGAACAAUUCAUAUAAAAUAUGAUCCUUCAAAAAACAGUUUGCUUACAGCAAGUGGUGUUAGAACACAUUCUAGAAUGCCAGUCAGAGGUGCUGGGAGAGGAUGUUCCUUGCAUGGGGAAGUAGCAUAUCUCAGUUGGCCUGCUGUGCUUAAACAUUCUGUGUUAAUCUAGCAUAUGAUACAGGACUACUUGCUUUGAAUGGUUUAUUUGUGGAUUUAAAGUUAUUUCUCCUCAUCUUUGAACUUUCAUUUAGAGGACUUAAAUAAAGCUCUUCUCUUUCCUUUCAUCUUUGUGAGUUAUUUGCCGAUAAGACGUUUUCCUAGCUGACUUUUCAGCAGUUAGACUGAAGAACUCUACAUGAUCCAUUGCUUUAUUCAACAUUGGGAAAGAAAAAGAGAAUGAGGAAAUGUGCCUGUAAAUAAAUAAUACUUUCAAAGGAAAGUAAAGGGUAAACACAAAUAAAACACAGGCUAUUGCUAUAGGAACAAGAGUAUUUUAAUAAUAAUAAAUUGUACUGAAUCAUACUCUUCCAUCUGUCACUAUCUCUGUCCUCCUGGGUUUCUAAUUUCUUUUCAUUCUCACCAUUCAAGCAACCAUGGGCAGGAGA